AUGAAUCAGGCAGAAGUGGCUGAUAUGCUGGAGGACAGCCUUCAGAUACUGACAGGAUCAGCCCAAGAUGUGAUUGAAAGAGAAAACUCAAAGCGGGCGCUUUUAACGGCGACUUCGGCGGCUGCAGCACUCGCCCAUUUAUCAGCGGUUGUUGGUAUAGUCGGUUUCGCUAUGGACCAAAUUGGGUCCGUAUCCGCAAAAACAACCGCACAGCUUGAUGAGGUCCAAGAUAAACUCCGGACGCUGGACAAUAAGAUUGAUGACUUCACACGAAAGGUCAGUGACCUAAAGCUCGGACAGCAGUACCUUCGACAAGUAAUCCUGUAUGGCAGAGACGAACAACGACUAAGGAACGUGCUAGACACUCUUGCUAGGAUGAAAUUCAGUAAUGGACAGUAUAAGGGUAUCGACGACAUACAAGGUUGGGCAGACAGCGUCCUCAGUCAUGGCUCAGAUGGAAUCAACAGUGUAUUGUUCAAUCUGUUGGAAAUGGUAAAACCACGGUCAUCAAUCUUUGGUGGAAAAUCUCUGUUCGAAAUAUAUCAUCAGCAACUUAAAGGACACCUGGAGCAGUAUAGUAUAAAGAUGCGCCUGAAAGCUGCACAGAUCUAUGGACUGAUUGGAAGUGGAUACCGUGCAUGGAUUAGAGCUCUGCUAAUCAAGGGGCGUGACGGUGACAUUCUAACUACGGUACAAGCCGGGAAAAGCAAGCUCAAAGAUGUGUGUCAAAGCAUGAAAAAAUAUGUUGAUUAUGAAAAGGUGCUAUAA